AUGCGAGUCAACUCAGCUAGAUCCUUAUCCUGGCACAUCCUGCUUGGUCUUCUCCUGUGUCUCUCACUGAAUUUCCACUCAACACUUGGCCAAGAUGCAGUGACUCCUAGCGAAGACACGAACCCAACCACAGGUCGCAGUCAUUCGGCGAAUAGUGCGUCAUACUUUAGGGCGUCGAUUCCGAUGCGGAUCUACGAGUGCCUGCGUGAGUUCACCAUGCUACACUGCACGAAAUUGUACGUGCUGCAGAAGAUGGAGGAAAGGCGCCAGAUGCCCAACAGUGGCAAUCUUACAAGGGACUUUGUGGACCAGUUCUUCGGCGAGGAGACCCAGAUGGGCAGUCUCGUGGGCAAAAAGUACCAGAAAAUGUCCGAGAAGGAACUCAACCAGCGGUUGGUGGUCAACUUCCAGCGGUUCUUCAAGCAUCGCGAUCUCAAAAUGCACUUCCUGUCCGGAAUGAUGGUGAAAAUCGUGCCCAGCAAGGAUAAUAAAAUAAAGAUUUCCCUCAAAAAGGCUCCCAAAUCUCGGAUGGGUCGUUCCAGAAGACGUGAAACGGAGGAGAUGGAUCUGAACCUGAUGAACCUCCCAUCAAUUGGUGGCGGAGGUGCCAACAGCGGGAGUGUGGAGAACUACGAACCAGAGGCGGAGGGGGAUUCCAAGCAGCAGGGGGCGUUGGGAGGGGGAGGGGGUGCGGCAGGGGGUGAGGGAGGCGGUGGGGUGCUGGGUAAACGAAAGAAGAAGAACUCGUACAAAGUCACCAUGAUGCAGGUGGCAGUGCCCAUGCUGAUCUUCCCCGUCGUUCUUUUGGGCAGCCUGCUUCCCUUCAUCCUUCCAGCUCUCAAAAUGGCCACCAUCCUGUCGCUGGUAAUGAACAACGGAGCCUUUAUGGCGGCUCUACUGUACGCAGCAAGAACCCAGUUCAACACCCACGAGGAGCAGCACAUCAGCUACAGUUAGCCGUCACUAAUGUCCGUCCUUUAUCCACUCUUAUAAUAAAAGCUUUCUCCUGCGUUUAUUUUUACUAUUUCUUUGAACCUUUCCAAAAUCAGAGUCUUAAAAUACUUUGCAAAAUUGUACCCACAGGAAACUAAUUACCGAGAAAUUUUAAUAGCGCAAUUAACAUCUCUGUUUACUGCUAGUUGAAAACUAAGUACGAUAAUUACAUUUUCCUAAUGUGUUAAUGGUUUAAAAGGGCGAAAUAAAUUUCAAAGUGAGAAUUUAUCGCCUUCGAAAACACAUAAUUAAAACAUUUAAAGUACGUAAAAGUAUAAAAUUCAAAUUUCACGAUUAUUAUAAGUGCAUUUUAGUGGCUUGGUUUAUUUAGCGUAAAGUCAUAAAGUCAUAACAACUCGUUCGCACCAGGCAAGUUUUUCAUUACAAAGGUUUAAACUUAUCACUAAAACUUCUUAAUCUACAGCCAAAAUAUAAACCGUGUAAGAAUCCACUUCUAACAAUUUAUAAAAUACAAACUCUUUAUUUUGAGAAAUUUUGAAACCAAUUUCCGACACCAAAAAGUUUCGUGUUUUACAAAACGUUUUUCCACAAUAAAUGCAUAAAUAUCGUG